AUGGAGCUCAGUCCACUUCCUCUUCUGCUCUUGCUGAUUUCAAACAUCUUCUCUCAACAUACUGAAAAAAACCCAAAAGCCACAGUAAGCAUCAAACCUGCUCAACAUGUGUUCAGAGGAGAGACAGUCACUCUCAGAUGUGAUGUAUAUAGUGAAGGAGUCAAUAGCUGGGAGUACAGAUGGUAUAAAGACAGUUCAACCAGUGUUUUCAGUGAACUACAGGAACACACAUUCAGUCCUGUUAAUGAGUCAGAUGCAGGUAAAUACUCCUGUUAUGGAUUAGAGAGAGAAGGAUCGCGUACAUCUCGCCUCAGUGAUGAAGUUACACUGACAGAAUCAGCUUCAGUUCCCAGAGCAGAGUUAGGUGUUUCUCCACAAAUGUGGUUGACUGAAGGAGAUUCAGUGACUCUGAUCUGUCAGGUUAAUGGUUCCUCUACAGGCUGGACAUUCAGCUGGUUCACUCAAACUGUCUCAUCAGACAACAGAAAGCAUUUAAAGCGGCUCUCAGACAGCAGCAGAGGAGCUGGAGGACACUACACUGUCAGUUCUGCUGAUCUAAAACACACAGGAGUUUAUGUGUGUGGAGCACAGAGAGGAAAACCAGCCUAUAACUCAGACACCAGCAACACACAGCUACUGUGGGUCACUGGUGUUUCUCCUCCAGUAUCUCUGAUCGUCAGUCCCAGCAGAACUCAACACUUCACAGAUCACUCUCUCUCUCUGAGCUGUGAGGAGCAGAGUAAGUCUACUGGAUGGAGAAUAAGAAGAUACACAUAUGAUCUGGGACAGCUAGAAAGUUGUUCAUCAGUUUGGGGAUCACAAACAGGAUCUACAUGUUCAAUCAGAUCCACCAGCACAGGUGACACUGGAGUGUACUGGUGUGAGUCUGAAUCUGGAGUGAAAACUCAUCCUGUUAAUAUCACUGUACACUAUGAUGUGAUUCUGGAGAGUCCUGUUCAUCCUUUGACUGAAGGAGAGAAUCUAACUCUACACUGUUUAUAUAAUUAUUUAACCCCACUAAACCUCAGAGCUGAUUUCUAUAAAGAUGGGACAGUCAUCCAGAGUCAAACUACAGAGAUGAUCAUCUCUAAUGUCUCAAAGUCAGACGAGGGUUUCUACUCCUGCAAACACAGAGAGAGAGUAGAGUCACCCGAGAGCUGGAUCUCAGUCACAGCUUCCUCCAGAACAUCAGGAUCUGAUGAUCUCAAUCCUGUGAUAGUUGGAGUGACUGCUGGACUCACAUUUUUGAUCAUUGUCGUCUUGGUCCUGCUGUGGCGCUACAGAAACAACACAGGUGGAAGAUCUCAGUCUCCCUCUCGUGUCAGUCUACAGAAGAACAGCAGGCAGACAUCAGAGCAGAACCAGAGUGAAGCAGUAUAUACAGCACUUACGUCUGGAACUGCUCAUAUUUAUGACUCUCUUGAUGCCACGAUUAAUAAAGAUUUAAGCACAGGUAACUUAUGACGUUACAGAAGGUAAUUAU